AGUGACCGACUACUCAUUAAAGGUGGAAGAAUUAUCAAUGAUGACCACUCCUUCUAUGCAGACAUAUACCUUGAAGAUGGACUUAUAAAGCAAAUAGGAGAGAAUCUGAUUGUUCCUGGAGGAGUCAAGACCAUAGAGGCUAAUGGGCGCAUGGUUAUUCCUGGGGGAAUAGAUGUCAACACUUACCUACAAAAGCCCUACCAUGGAAUGACUGCUGUUGAUGACUUCUAUCAAGGCACAAAAGCAGCACUAGCAGGGGGCACUACCAUGAUCAUUGACCAUGUGCUUCCAGAACCUGGAUCAAGUUUACUGACCUCCUUUGAGAAGUGGCAUGAGGCAGCUGACACCAAAUCCUGUUGUGAUUACUCUCUACAUGUGGACAUCACCAGCUGGUAUGAUGGGAUUCGAGAAGAGCUGGAAAUACUGGUGCAAGACAAAGGUGUGAACUCUUUUCAAGUCUACAUGGCCUACAAAGACCUCUACCAAAUGUCCGACAGCCAGCUUUACGAAGCCUUUACCUUUCUAAAAAGUCUUGGGGCUGUUAUCCUGGUCCAUGCCGAAAAUGGAGACUUGAUAGCUCAGGAACAAAAGCGUAUCCUGGAGAUGGGAAUCACUGGACCCGAGGGACAUGCCCUGAGCAGGCCCGAGGAGCUUGAAGCAGAAGCAGUUUUCCGUGCCAUCACCAUUGCCAGUCGAAUAAACUGCCCAGUGUACAUCACCAAGGUGAUGAGCAAGAGUGCGGCUGAUAUCAUUGCACUGGCCAGAAAGAAAGGUCCCCUUGUUUUUGGAGAGCCGAUCACUGCCAGCCUGGGGACAGAUGGGACACAUUACUGGAGCAAAAACUGGGCCAAAGCUGCAGCUUUUGUGACCUCGCCACCUCUGAGCCCUGAUCCUACCACUCCUGAUCAUUUAAAUUCACUCUUAGCAUGCGGGGACCUGCAGGUGACGGGAAGUGGACAUUGCCCGUACAGCACUGCCCAGAAAGCCAUCGGAAAGGACAACUUCACUAUGAUUCCUGAAGGGGUCAAUGGAAUUGAGGAAAGAAUGACUGUUGUCUGGGACAAGGCUGUAGCCACAGGUAAGAUGGACGAGAGCCAGUUUGUAGCUGUCACCAGCACCAAUGCUGCCAAAAUCUUUAACCUGUAUCCAAGAAAAGGCCGGAUUGCUGUAGGAUCGGAUGCUGAUGUGGUUAUUUGGGACCCUGAUAAGGUGAAGACUAUAACAGCUAAAAGCCAUAAAUCGGCUGUUGAGUACAACAUCUUUGAAGGAAUGGAGUGCCAUGGUGCCCCACUUGUGGUCAUAAGCCAAGGGAAGAUUGUGUUUGAAGAUGGAAAUCUGCACGUAAAUAAGGGAAUGGGCCGCUUCAUCCCUCGCAAACCUUUCCCUGAAUAUCUUUAUCAGCGUAUCAAAAUCAGGAAUAAGGUGGGAGGACUGCAAGGAGUCUCCAGAGGAAUGUAUGAUGGGCCUGUGUAUGAAAUCCCAGCUACGCCAAAAUAUGCAACUCCUGCACCCUCAACUAAAUCCUCCCCUGCCAAAAACCAGCCCCCACCAAUCAGAAACCUCCAUCAAUCCAAUUUUAGCUUAUCAGGAGCUCAGAUAGAUGACAAUAACCCACGCCGUACUGGUCACCGCAUCGUGGCACCUCCUGGUGGUCGCUCUAAUAUUACCAGUCUUGGCUGAAAAAUGGUGAUGGACAGAAACACAAGGAUGAAGGAUCAUGGGAAUAAUGUCUGUUCCCUUCAACAUUGGUGUUAUCAAACCCACAGUUUUAUUUGGUACUAAUGGAAAUAAAAAAUGAAAUGUCUUUCUCUUUUUUUGUAUAGGAAGAGGUGAUAAUAGUGUGGUGUGUUUGCUUGGAACUACUUGCCUCACAAUUGUGCUUUCAUGCCAGUCACCUUAAAGCAUGGUGCUUCCAUUACCCCUUUAGUGACUACAGGUUUUAGCUUCGUCUCGUAACUGAAUGAUGGUUCCUUUGCACCCUUUCGCUGUAUUAGAGUAGUUAAUGCAUGUUACUGAGUUAUUUAUGCAAGUUGCAUUCUGUGAGUGAGUCCCUUUAGAACACGUUGCCAACAAUUGACUAGACACAAUGCCAAGAUUAAUGUAUUUGAGGAACACCACCAAAAAAACUUAUGAAGGAAGAAAAUGGCCAUCUUGAAAGUAUGCAGUAGAGUAGUAUAGGCAGCUUCUGUUUCAUCUUUAAUUUAUUAUAAACCCAAGAAGCACUUCUGAGACACAGAAAAUCAUCGGGACACGUAAUGACAAAUGGUCUCUGUAGCACCUGUCUGUUCCCUCUCAGUACGUUCCAAGUCUGUGUCCUUCUUGUUUCCAUUUUAGAGCCAUAAUUUAUACAUACCAAUGCCAUUGCCACCCCUGCAGGGAUUUCUCCACCUGGGCGGUAGUGCUCUCCUUCUGCAUGAGAUUUUUGGUACUUACAGAUAAUCCAAGUUGCCGUCAGAUUUUUAAAGUUUUUUGUACAAAGUUUUUCCUUUGUAAUCACAUGCAUUUUUACUUACUCUACCGUAUCAAGAUCUACUAGUUGUGGUUCAAUUUCUGAAUUCAAAGCUUGUGAAAUAAAGGAAAUGAACUGAU